AUGUGUUCCACACGCGUAGUGUUGAAGCAAUUUGGCUCAAAGCCAGUGGCACAAUGCGGCGGCCUUUGGCACAUCCAGAUCACUUUCAGCGGGUGCCGUAGGUGGUGGGGCUCUCCCUCCGCCAAGCGGAUUUCGGCCGGGAUGCCGGGCACCGAAGAGAGCAUCAAGGUGGCCGUCAGGGCAAGGCCGUUGAACCAGCGGGAGAAGAAACUGGAAUGCGAUAUUUGUGUUUCAAUGAGCGGGAAAACAGUCACGAUGCUUUCUGAGAGGAACCCAAAGCACUUCACCUAUGACUACACGUACUGGUCCGUCCAAUCAGGCGAAGGAAGCCAAACGGAGAUUUUUGAAGACAUCGGCAACUCGAUGCUUUCGAAUGCCAUCGACGGCUUCAAUUGUACCCUGUUCGCCUAUGGGCAAACAGGUAGCGGCAAGAGCUAUACGAUGAUGGGGGGAGGUCAAGAAGAGGAAGACGGAGGCGUCAUUCCUCGCAUGAUCGAUGGUCUUUUUGCGGAAAAGGAGAGGUUAGAAAAGGAGUCCUCACAGGAACUGCAGGUGCGAAUUUCUUAUUUGGAGAUCUACAAGGAGCAAGUCACAGACCUUUUUGCAGCAUUGAACUCCCGCAAUUCGAAGGCUGUUUGCAUAUGCAAGGAACAUCCGAACGUUGGGGUCUACGUGAAAGGCUUGAAACUGAUGCCCUGUGAAACCCAGCAGGAUGUGAUGAGCAACCUGGAGUAUGGCUUGAAGAUGCGUACCAUUGCCGCAACAAAUAUGAAUCAAAAUUCAUCCCGCUCACAUGCAGUUUUUACCAUCGUCGUCAACCGCCUUGAAGGGGAGCGGCCGACAGGCAAAAAGAAAGAUGAACGCAAAUCCUUGAAUGCCAAGAUUAACCUCAUCGAUUUGGCUGGCAGUGAGAGAACAUCCAAAGCUCAGACUGAGCAUGAGAGGCUCAAGGAGGGCUGCGCCAUCAACCAGAGUCUUUCCCAGCUGGGCUUGGUCAUCAAGAUGCUGACAGAGCAGAGUAAAGACGGUGGCCUGAAAGCUCCGAUGUUCCGUGCCUCCAAGCUGACGUUCUUGUUGAAGGAUUCUUUGGCGGGGAACUCCAAGACAUGUAUGAUGGCCACGAUCUCCCCUGCUAGUGAUAACUACGAUGAGUCGAUCUCAACUUUGCGGUUUGCCUCAUCAGUCAAGAGCAUCAAGACGGUAGCAGUGCAAAACAAGAACAAGAAAGAUCAAUUGAUUGAGAACCUCCAGGAGGAGAUGCGGCUCUUGAAAGCUACAAUGGCAGCUGGUGGGAUGAAUGUAGCGGAAGCCACAGAGCAGCUGAAGGAAAGAGAGCGACUCAUCAAGGAGCAGAUGCAACAAGACUUCCAGACUGAGCUGAAGGCUGCGAAAGAAAUGACACGAGCACGGGAGAAAGCGCUUGAAGAGAGUGGUUUGUCCCAUGGUCAUAUCACAGAGGCGUUUGGCAUCACAAGUGGUCAGCCUUACAUGGUCAACAUGGCCUUCGACCCAACGCUGGCGGGUUGCCUCAUUUACCUCAUCCAGGAGAGCAAACCCACAACAAUGGGAUCCCACAAGGACAACACAAUCGUGCUCAAGGGACCUUCAAUCCCAGAUUACCUUUGCCGCAUUGAUAUGGUGCAGCAGAAUGCUCCGAACGCGAGUGCAUCGAGAUCUCGGUCAGCCUCGGAGGUCUUGAGCCCUGUCACGCUCACGCGACUCUCUGAAGAGACGCGGGUGGCCGUGAACCGCAAGGAGCUAGAGCCUGGCCAGACAUGGCAUCUUCAAAAUGGCGACCAAAUCUUUCUGGGACGGUGGCAUGCUCUCAAGCUUGUGUGCCCUGGUGAGGGGGCAGCACCUGUGCGGGAUGACCUGGUGCUGGAAAGAGAUGAGAUAGCCAAAUCAGAGCUGGACAACUCGGCUUCAUGGAAGAGUCUCCAGGACUAUGUGACACAGGUUGUUCGCCAGAUGUCCAAUGUAAUGGCUUCCCAGUUGAUGGAUGAGAUCAAGAUUCUUGCCACCCAGCUGUGA